AUGGUUCCAGAACGGGUUGAAGGAUUCGAGUUAAUGAGCAGUGCCAAUUUUAGAGACUUGUGCAAGACACGACUUGAACAACAAGAAGAGUUGUAUGAUACUGAAAUAGAUACCCUAUAUACUGACACUAUUGAGUUGGAUGGAGGUCAAACCUGUCUAAUCCCAGACCCAAAGCUACUGUGGACCAACCCUGAGUGUCUUGGGCUUAAAGGCCUUACAGCGAAUGACAGAUAUCAGAUUGUUCGCCGCUCACUGGAAUCAAAAAAACUUGAUGCAUCUCAGAUCCUCUACAAAAAGGUUAGAAAGGACACCAGAGAAGACUCGGGUUGGCUUGACAACUGGAAAGCUGGCUGUUUGAUUUGUGCAGACCCAGAGAAACCCUUGAGCAGUUUGCUAGCCUGCCAGUGCUGCUUCAAAGCUUACUGCUUGGAAUGCCUGCGUUCACUCGAAGAAUCUCACGAAACUGGUAAUGAUUUGAGAGAAGGAUGCAUUUCAUGUGAGUACUCUGAUCCCAAUUUCAUCUCACUCAGCAUUGCCAAGUAUGAGAGAACUGAUGUACUUGAAGGCCCGACAUGUCGAGAGUUGGUUUAUGUUGUUAGCUCCAGCUGGGUUAUGCCUACGCAGGAAGAGAAAGCAGCCCGACUUGAAAAAAGAAGUGUUGAAAAGAUGGAAAAACGGAGACUCAACAAACUCAAUAAGCAACUGAAAAAGCAUGCACUCGGAAGUGACAAAUCUAAGAAAAGCCAACCUGCGGAUUAUGACCAAGGAGCCGCGAGUAGUUCUACGCACAUCUGA